AGGAUCAGGGAGCCUGAAAGAAAAAGUUGUGACAGAUUUAGAGAACGGCAAAAAAAAAGUCCAGAGGGAGACAGACAGAGCUUUGCCCCGAAGGUUCCUGAGGAAGAAACGAGACAGAUAAAGAGGCAGAGAUAAUCAGAGAGAGAGAGGGAGGGAGGGAGGGAGGGAAGAGUGCAGCUGUUGUGCGAGGAGAAAAUAUAGAUAAAAGAAAGUGAGAAGGUGCACAAGUGUGAAGGGCGAAGGAGAAGAGACUGACAACACAACCAAGGCUGGAAAGAAAAAAAAAAAGAGUGUCAGCAAAUAAAUUAAAUCGGGUUGGAGACGUACGGCAAACAGUCACCUGACAUCAAACAAAACGGUGAGAAUGGAAACGCAGCACGACACGAGGAAAGACUUCCUCUGAAGUCCAAAGGAGAAAGAAAACAGGAGCUGGGUUUGACGCAAAGAAGAGGAGACGAUUCCCUCACCAUGUUUUAUUCAGCUGGUUUCCCAAAUUCAAACAACCUGCGCCGGAAGAGCAACUUUGUCCCAGGAUAGAAUGAAGAGAGGAGCAAAGAGAUACCUGCCGAGUCUGUGAUACCCUCCUGCUCCUCCUCUUCUCCCUUUCUUUCACUUUACAUCCAGCUUUAGAUUCACUAACUUCCUCCUCCUCUGCCCUGACAUCUCCAUUCCUCCCCACCUCUGGAUGAUACCCCUGGUAUCACUAUGUGGAUACCAGCUUUGCUCCUAUGGAUUCUUAAUAUCAGCAAUUUAUGCUCAGGACAAGACUAUACGGACUAUUACCAAACUGGAGACAUGGGCACCGAGGCUCCAGUACUGUCAGAUGACCAGGCCAGUUUGGAGUCAGUGACGAGCGUGGAUCAGCUCAUACAGCUUCUAUACCCCAAAUACACUUUGCUUCAGCACUGCCUGACGAAGAAAUCAUGGCACGCCUCCUCUUCCCCCUCUUUUUCUACCUCCUCAGCAAACCCUUUAGUCCACUCUAAAGAUGAGGACCUGUGGGGUCAGCCGAGGGAGGAGGCUCUUUUCAAAAUGGACAGGACUUUGGAAGUCAUCUUAGAGGAGAUCCAGCGGACCUCAUGCCAGCCCAGAGAGGUGUGUGUUGAGGUCGCCAAAGAAUACCCAGAAUCCACCAGUCAGUUCUACCUCCCUCGCUGUGUGGCGCUGCAUAGGUGCGGAGGGUGCUGCACCAACGAGGCCUUUUACUGCACCAACACAAGUCACACGUUCGUCAACAAGACACUGAUGGAACUGUCCCCGCCCAGGAUGGAUCGCUCAGUCGUCAUGGUAUCCUUCGUCAACCACACUUCGUGCGAAUGCCUCUCCAAGCGGCCGCUCCACUCCAUCAUACGACGAGCUGCAUCAGAUCACCUGUGUUCCCCACCUGAAGUUCCCUGUGCCUCCGGGUCAUUAUGGGAUCCAACGAACUGUGUGUGUGUCUCUGCAGACACCUUAAACUACUCAGAGAGAGAAACAGAGGCGCUGGACUCGGGUCUGCUGGCUCUCUGUGGGCCCAACAGGAUUCUGCAUGAGUCCACCUGCGAGUGCGUUUGUCGGAAUGGACUCACCGAGGACAGCUGCGAUCCAGGCUGGAAACUGGACCACAACACCUGUGAAUGCCAGUGUGAAGGCCAAGGUGAGGGGAAGUGGUGCCCCACCGGCCAGCGGUGGGAUGCCGAGCUGUGUGGCUGCGUGUGUGCCGCUGAGUGUCCCGGGAACCAGCCCCUGAACCCCGACACCUGCCUGUGUCAGUGCAGAGAGAGUGCAAAGUCGUGUCUGCGGCAGGGCAAAAGGUUCAACCCCACCUCCUGCAGUUGUUACAGGUUGCCUUGCAGAAAGCCCCAACGUGUGUGCCAGGCGGGUUUUUACUACAGCCACCAAGUCUGCCAGUGCAUUCCCAACUACAUGAGGCCUGAGUGGAAUUAACCAAUCAGAGACAGGAGGAAAUAGACUGCAGGUGAAGCCACUUAUUGCCUGAAAACAGAGGGACAAGAAGGACGUGCGUCUUGACAGGAGGACAGGAGGGUGGAACUACACAUUUACAUGUACUGGACUACAACAGCAGCACAUGGAGGAGUUUUAUUAGUUCUGUCUAUGCGCUAAUUCUGUCUGCAAGAGGAUGGCGGUGCUGAAAUAAAAAGGCCAAAACAGCCAUCCCAUAUGCAACAAAACUCAUAUGAAAUUGAGUAAUUUCAGCCAAAGAGAGAUAUCUGACUUUCUGGGACUCUAAUAACUUCAAUGACACCUGCCUAAAAGCAUGACAGCAAGGUGGGAUGGACCGAUCAGACUCUAAACCAGCAUUCAUCCCCGCCACAACGUGUUUGAGCAAGAUAUUCAACCAGCGGCCCGAUGCACACACACCACCCAUGUGAAAUGGAAAGUGGAAUUUAUAAUAACAGACCAGACUCUUUUCUUUUUUUCUUUUAGAUGAACUAAGCUGUAGGCACUUUGGCAGUCUUGAGUCGUGAGAUGUUUGAGAGGUUGAAGGAUUUUUAUUGCAGAAAUCAUGUAAUGUGAUGUAGCCGGGGCCUUAUAUUUCCCUUCAUUUCUUUUAGCCGAGGCGGAAAUGGGGACGACGUGUUUCGGUGGUCUAUUCAGAGCGACUAUAUUGAAAGGGAUGGAGUGAAGGUCUAGUUUCAUCUUUGUCUCAUGUUUAACACAAAGGAGGUUUAAUGCCAGACCCUGUUUGAUUGAACGCUAACACUCCCAAAGAGCUAUUAUAUCCUCCAGUCUCUACUUGCCUCUACUGUAGCGCUGCUCUCUGAAGGUUUCACUCAUAUGUGGCUGAAACUGAUCACAAUCGAUGGUAACACUUGGGUCUCUGGAUCUUCUGGUAAUUUAACUUUUACACACUCUAAGUAAUAUUAUUUGUAAAUAUUGAAAUCUUUUGUCAUAUUUAAAACUGAUAUUUUGAAGACCGAAUCUUGUGUGGUUGUAAAAUACUGUAUUUAAGUCCCAAUUAAUGACUAUUGUUUUGCAUUAAAACAAUUGACAUGCCGUUGUACUCUGUUGUAAUUAUUAUGGAGAAAUUGAAUUUUCUUUGUAAUUGUCCAUUUUGCCUGCACUGCGAGAUUAUUUGUAACAGUUCAUUUAGGCUAUACUAUACAGCUUUAAGAAAAACAAUGAUUUUAGGGCACACUAAAUACAUUAAAUGUUAGGAUGAUUUAUUGAAGAGUAGAGACGAUUGUAGUGUUUGUGCUACAUGGAUGUAGAGAAAAACUGAAACCCGCUACUAUUAAAUAUUUAAAGUAGUUUUGAAGUAUUGAUUAAAAGCCUUGUCUGACAAUGUUUGUUUCCCAGUUCUGUUAAUGUUGCAAAUUAUUUUUUUGGUGUUACACUGGCAGUGGUAUGUGAAUUCUGGUGCACACCAAAUAUCAUUUGUUUAAGUUUUUUUUUUUUUUUUACAUCCAAACUGUCCAAUGUUGUCAAAACCCAUAAUUUACAAGUAAUAUGUGUUAUUGUAGAAUGUAACUACUCUGCAUGUUUUCCAAAAAUAUAAAACGUUUAUUAUGAUAAUCACACAUAAAAUGAGAAAUUUGUCACUGCUCCUUUAAAAAAA